AUGAACAUCUUUCGGCUUGCAGGCGACUUUGCCCAUCUAGCAUCGAUCUUUAUCCUGCUGCACAAGAUGCAGCUCUCCAAAUCGUGUCGCGGCAUCUCGUUCAAGACGCAGCUGCUCUACACGGUCGUCUUCGUCACGAGGUAUAUGGACCUCUUCCACGAAAACUCGCUCUACCGCUUCCUCAUGAAGCUCUUCUUCAUCGGCUCCAGUGUGUAUGUGCUCUACUUGAUGAAGGUCAAGUUUAGGCCCACGCACGAUCCCGCCAUCGACACGAUCAAACUCGAAUACCUCAUGGGCCCUUGCUUUGUACUCGCAUUGCUGUUCCAUUAUAGGUUCGACUUUGUCGAGAUCUUGUGGACGUUCAGUAUCUAUCUCGAGGCAGUGGCGAUUUUGCCCCAGCUGUUCAUGCUCCAGAGGACAGGAGAGGCAGAAGCUAUUACGACGCACUACAUCUUUGCACUCGGAGCGUACCGCGCGCUCUACAUCCCAAACUGGCUCUACAGAUACAUUGCGAGCAACGAGGUCGACCCGAUCUCGAUCCUCUCCGGCCUCGUUCAGACCGGUCUCUACCUCGACUUUUUCUACGUCUACUUUACCAAGGUCAUGAAGGGCGAAAAGUUCGAGUUGCCAGCAUAG